GCAGCUCUGGCAGCAUUUCUUGUCGACGUGGGAAGGGAGGGAUUCAGGCACUAAACAAAUGUCCACGGGUUUGAUGUUGGGCUACGUUACAUAUAACUGUGUCAUGUCAGCGAGGUUUAAUAGAUAACUUAAUGACCAUUUGAAACAUGUGGCUCAAACCUGAUGAGAUUCUGCUGAAAAACGCCUUCAAGUUAUGGGUCACCGAGAAGGAUAACGAGUAUUUCGUGCUGCAAAGGAGACGAGGGUACGGAGAAGGUGGAGGCGGUUUGACAGGUGACGUUUACGGUUAUGUUUUCACCUCCUCGUGCAUGUUUGUUAGCCGCCGCUGCUGCUGCCUCGGUUAACCACAUUAAAAAUAAUGAAUUAACGAAGAGGUUUAAUCGCUAUACCUUUGCUUAGCUGGCGUGCCGUCUGCCACGGCAAGGGCGGGUGCUGCUGUGAAAUCUACAGGAAAAUAUCCUCAUAGCAACAGGUUCAAGUGUACAUUUGUCAGUGUGUGUAUGUGGGGAACAGCUGGUUUCUUAUGUUGACACAGCAGGCUGCGGGAGUGAAGGUCUCUUUAGCUGUACCGGUCAGUAAUAUUGGCGCUUUGAAUGUGUCUCUUACUGCAUGGAGGUGAGACCGAAUUCACAUGGGAAAAGUCUGUGUUCAGAGUGGAAGUGGGCCUCAGAACUUUCAGCCAUUGUUAUGUCAUAUUUGAGCUUCAGAAACACGACCAGCUGACAUAAGCAGGGCAGAAAAUUACGUAAAGACAAAAGGACUAUCCGACUUAGUCCCUGCCUCAGGGCGAGUUUGUGCAAAUUUGCACUACUUUCUUACCUGAGGCUAGACUAUGACUGAAACCUCUUGAAUUCCUAAUGUCACUGCAGAGUCAGAGUCUGCUGCUGUCCGAGCUUUCACAGUGACACUGAUGCUCAGUGGAGUAGUCAGUCAAAAUGACAUUUGCAUUACAUCAGAGCUCUACUGAGAUGAGAAAGUCCAGACCACUUUUGUUUUUGUGCCAUCAAUCUGUAAACUAUUUCAAAAACUCUGAGUUAAUGAGGAUUUUUCCCAUAUCAUUACAGCUUCACCUCUGUUGCUUCCAAGUUUUGCUCAUCAUAUUUGUAAUUUUUUUUUGGCAAGUAUGCAAAUUUUUUUAGACUUAAGUCUGUUAUAAUACAAUUUUUGAAUACCUCACAUAGGGGAAAGUGGGGUAAGAUGAGCUAUUUUUUAUAUUUCGGAUCACUACAUCAAGGCAGUCAAAGUUUUGUCUCUAGCUAGUGUAUCUGCAUGUAUUUCAAGAUGUUGUGUAUCCCUGCAAACCAACAGAAUGAGUGUAAACAUAACUGUCUUGAUAAUAUAGCAUGCCAAAAAAGCGGUCUCCUAUGGUCAACUAACCCCGUGUAUGGGGUAAGUUGACCACAGCAGCGGGAUAAGUUGAGCCGUAUCCCUACUACCACCUACUCUCCACCCCAGGCCUCCCUCACCUUCUCUCUCACUGUAUAACAGUCACAACGUCAACAUCAGUUAAAGGCCUGUCUAAAAAGAUAAGUCUUUUUAGAUAAUUUUAAGUCCUCUCUUAAAACUUUCAGUAGACUCUAUGACUCUGUGUAAGGUCGAUGAUAGUGCAUUCCAGAGGCGAGGGGCACUGGCCUGGAAAGAGCAGUCACCUUGUGUUUGUCAUCUGAUGACCUGCGAGGGAGAAUAGGGUCUCAGUAACUCAGAGAUGUACAAGGGAGCUUGAUCAUGGAGGGCUCAAAAAGCAAGAACUAAAAUCUUAAAAUGAAUCUGAAAAUCGGCUGGUGACCAGUGGGGGGAAUAUAAAACUGGGCUGAUAUGGUCCCUUUUCUUCAAUCUAGUUACAAGCCUUGUAGCUGCAUUUUGAACAGUUUAUAUAACUUACCGACAAAAUAUGCCUGGUUAGUCAGUCAGAUUACUAUGUGGAGCAAUUUUUUAUCUUUUUAUUGAUAAUACUAAAAUGCUGAUGUUUGAAUUCUGUUUUACAUCCAGUAAGUUGAAUUGUUGUCACAUUAAGCCUGUGAUGUUGUUGGCACACAAAUUUCCUGAUUUAAGUUUUAGAUCUGAAGUUGCAGAAGAAUCUGUCCAACUUGACCUCAUGCAUUUUUUUUCUUUAUUUUGGACAGUAAGUAGAGAGAAAAUGGAACUCUCUCUGUUGUAUUUUAGACUGAUGUGAUGCAUUAAUUUAUAAACUACUUCCUGAUUAGUAAAAUAUUUCGUGUAUAACAUGACAAACUCCAGAGAGACGAUAACAAAUCAAACACAUAUGAACCUCCUGUUAUUUUGAAUGCAUUUUCAAACACACAUUAUUAUUGUUAUGUGGAACUAACUCUAUCACAUUCUUUCUUGUUAUGGAUGCCUAUGAAACCACCAAUCAUGGGCCAAAGUGUGACAUCAGUGAGGUGAUUAAUCGAUAAUUACUGAUAAUGACUAGUGUUCUAGCUGAAGACAAAAGGCCUAGAGUCCUGCUCUAAUGAUAGUGGAAGUUAAAUGCGACCUGACUGUGCAUCCAGCUCGCUUAAAGCCCUCUCCAGCUCAAAAGCCUUUUAUUUCUGCUAUGUUUAAGUCUGUGCUCUUCUUGUUACUCUCUGAUGAGAACAUAAUUCAUCUGAACUGCGUUUGAUCCUUUGAAUCCUACACUGCUUGGCAGCUCAGUGGUACAACAUGUGGGAGCUCAUCCACAGUCAGCAGGCAGACUGGCGUAAUGCUGAUGAUGCAGCCCAUGAGUGUGAUUGCACUGAGCCCUUGUUAAUUAUUCAUGGAGGGCAUGUCACAGAGAUGUGGUAAAGGUAACAGAUUUAGCUAAUUUUAGCUGUCGUGCAGCUCUGACGAGGACCUGAAGGAUCUCUCAUUUCUAUAAUGUCCAUGAUCUCUUUAUAGAUACUACAUUGAAGGGGAGUAUCAUGCUUUUCCACAUUUACAACAAAAACUGCAAAGUUACAAAGUUUGGUGUCCAUACUACAUGUGACGCAAAGUUUCAAAUUACAAGGUAAACGUAUGUAAUCACAAUCUUAGAAAAAGAGAUGUAAACUGCUGCCUUUAAAGUUUAAAGUGUUUCAGGAGGAGGCUGAAGUAAUGAUAUUUUAGUGCACCACAGUGAGAAAUUUGAGGCUUUUUUUAAAGUUGGAAAAUUAUGUAAAGCUAUUAAAAAGGUCUCAGAAGGGAAAUAUAGACUUUGAAAAAAGAUGCAUGAAACCCCCUUUAAUGAGGUAGCUGAUCUAGCUGUAGAGUUCUUUGUACUUUUAAUGCUGCCAGGUAUUUUUGUAGAGGUAAAUAGUCGCAGUGGUCAGAUUAACACAGUAAUAUAGCUUCUGUUGAAAAAUGAUCAUUACAUUAUUAAAAUCUUGGUCAUAAGAGCUGCACGAUUCUCUUAAAAAGGAUUUUUACCACAGUGAAGGCAGAGGACAAGAAAGUCUGCCCACAAAGCGGGUAAAAACAAUCAACAUCUCUUUAUUGACUUUGUUUUGAAAGACAAUGCCCACUGUCACGUUCUGUUGAUGCAAAUGACAGAAAAAGUCUAAAAAAAAAAAGGUCUGUUCUGGGACGCCAACUUACAGUGUAAUGUUUGAAAAUAGAUCUGGUGAGUGGGGUUGGGUAUUGUCUAAGUUUGAACGAUUCCAGUUCCUAACGAUUCUCUAUUUCGAUUCUUUUAAAAGGCAGGAUUAAAAAAAUGCAUGGUUCAGAAGAGGGCGCUAACCAGAGUUCUUUUGGGGUGAAAUAUCUGAACUUCUCAAUAAAUUUUUAAAUGAUUGGAACUUUUUACGAUUUACCAAUAAAUUUCACACAGGGCUUUUUUCAACCAGUAUAUAAAUAUCAGUCUUUGUUGUCAGGUCGUUUGUCAAUGAAAAAGAGCACAGGCUAACAUUUGUUGGAUAUUUAAGUUGACCCGUUGUAUACAGUACAAUUUGGUUACAGCUUCGUUGUUAGCAGAAGACAGACGUAACUUUUGUAAUUUAUUGUUUUACUUGUCUGAUUCUGACUGGUUAGAGGAAGAUCAGCGAAGCAGUCAAAGUCAGGGCACUCCUUUAUUUCUACUCUAUGAAUCUGGAGGUGUUUAAUCAUGUUUAAGACUUUCAAGCAUUUUCGGUCCAUGUUCAGACAAAAACAACCUCGUGUGGGCACUCAGAAUCGAUAAAUAGAUCUAAAUUCAAAAAUCGGUUUCAUGAUUCCUGGACCCGAUGUGAGGAACCGGUUUCUAUUUGGAAGGGUCGGUACCCAACCCUACGAGUGAACCCUACUAGUGAAAACAUGCUAGUUAACAUUAUCAGUUGGCAGGAAAAAUAGCAAAACUGUGGGGUCCUCUGUAAACUAUUGGAUAAAACUGAAGCUGUACCCUGUCACACUGAUUUUAAUCUUUGUUGGGUUAAAUGAUGAUCAUAUCUCUCAAUUUGAUCAAACAGUCUGAAAAAGAGAAAAAUCUGGCCUCACAGUGGGGUCACAUACUCGGAGAAGCAGGAUAAAAUAAGAGGAUGUCGAUAUACAACGACAGUGUUGAGUUUGUUAACAUAUCCUUUCUUCUCUGGUUCAUAAAAGAGUAUUAUAAGACCUCUAAAUCGCUGAUAUCUUAUUUAUGCUACUCAGCUAUUGAAUUUCCCUUCGGCAAUCUUAUCUUUAUUCUAAUUCCUUCAAUAAUUGUCUGCAAACUGUUAGGUCACCCCCCCCCCCUCCCCCCCCAUGUCUCUUUAGAGCCAGUGAAAAAUAAAAGUGUAAAAAGCUGCAGAUUCAUGAUGAAGGUAAACUUGAAAACGAAACCGCAUAAUCAUAAAGUACUGUAGAGAUGCUAAAGCAUGUAAAAUUUGGUUUCCCUUUAUAGGAUCAUGUUUGCAGGUUAAAGACCAAAACAAAUGUAAUGAUCAACUUGAUUGUAAUUUCUUACCAGAAAAAAAGAUGCAAAUAAGAUCGUCUUACAUGUGUCCAAAUCACUAUGUAUAUGUCCUGCAGCUUUAUGAAUCCUCCAGUACCUAUUAUUAGUUUUUCUUGUACUUAAUUGUUCAAGUUUUUAAUGUACGUUGUGUUUCAGGGCUUCUUGUGGGAACUCUGGAUACUGUUUUGGACUCCACAUCUAAAGUUGCUCCAUAUAGGAUCCUACAUCACACACCGGACUCACAGGUGUACUGGUCGAUAGCAUGCGGUAUGUCACAAUGAUUUAUCAUAUCUUAUGUAGUAAACACCUCAGUGGUAUGACAGCAGGUGGACAAUUUACAUGUUAAGCUUUGUAUUGAAAUAAUUUCAACAUUUUGUCAUGAUUUCCAGAAUUUGUCAGAAUCAAAUACUUCUCAAUCCAACUUUAAGCUUAUCAUUGUGAAGUAAAAUACAUAUAAGUACUUUAUGUCACCCUACACUCUUUCACUACACAAAACAAAGUUUUCCAGGGUCAACCCCAGGCAUGUGAAUAACCAUAAACUUUUGAAAUGUUUUUUCACCCUUGCUGUCUCUUCAGGUGUCACAAAAGAGGAAAUAGUUCAGCACUGGGAUUGGCUGCAGCAGAACAUCAUGAGGACGCUCUCUGUGUUCGACUCCAGUGAAGACAUCACCAGCUUUGUACAGGGCAAGAUUCGAGUAAGAAUGAACAGUGGCUCUGAGCAGCCCACAAAGCUAAUAUGUUAGCGAGAUAAUUCCUCAGCAGGGAUUUAGUUGUAAUAUUAAAUGUGACAUUAGCCUCUUAUUCUGAAAUCCUUUCUUUCUGACUGCCUGUGACUUUAACCCAAUUAUUAGAAGCCAUUUAAGGACAUGUAGAGAUGAUGAAAUGUGGGCACAUGCAUGCUGUGGUUACAUACUGUCUUUAUCCAUAUAGUUUGCAUAAGGAUGUUGACAAGCCUCAGGGUGAUGCUUUAUUGUAACCAACCAUGUUUGAUGUUUUUUUAGGGUCUUAUCGCUGAGGAAGGAAAGUCGUCCCUGGUUUUGGAAGAUGAUCCUGAGAAGUUUAGAGAGGCGCUCUUGCGGUUCGAGAAGUGGUUCGAGCUGCCGUCAGAGGAAAAGCUCGUCACAUAUUACUCAUGCAGCUACUGGAAAGGCAAAGUGCCAUGCCAGGGCUGGCUCUACCUCAGCACUAACUUCCUGUGCUUCUAUUCAUACCUGCUGGGAUCUGAGGGUAAGCCAUUUCUGUGAUGCAUUUUAUUGACAUGAGUAGACACUUCCUUUGUGGCUUUGAUUGAUGCAAACAAAAAGCGCUGGCAGCCGCUGAAGUGGGCUUUGAUGGCCUGAAUGGAGCGUUUUUUGACAAACGUUUCUUACAAAACAUAGCUAGGUAAUGACAGCUUUGAUAGAAAUCCAUUAUAGCAUUGUGGCCCUUAGUGAAGGCAGCCCCUCAAAGCUGUCUGGAUAAUGGAUAACGCAGAAUUUUGGAGUUCUGCUACUGUUUUUAUAUUCUAAUAUCAAAAAAUGUUCUUAUACCAGCACACAGAAAUAUGUGAGAGAUAUUGGUGUGGAAAUAAAAGAUAAAAACAUGUUAAAAAUAAAAUUCAUGCUCCCUGUCUUGAGCCUUUAUCACUCAUGUAAUUUUGUUGUGUUGUUGUUGCCCUGCAGUGAAACUGGUCAUCUCCUGGGAUGAGAUCUGGAGGCUGGAGAAAACCUCCAAUGUUAUCCUGACUGAGAGUGUCCACGUCUUGGUUCAUGGAGAGGAUCACUAUUUCUCCAUGCUGCUGCACCUGAAUGAAACAUUUAUCAUCAUGGAACAGCUGGCCGACUACGCCAUCAAGCGCCUUUUUGAUAAAGAGGCCUUCCAGAGAGAGCCGGCGCUCUCUGACCCUCUGCAAAUCACCAAGAGGUACUGUCUGGUCCCGCUAAAGCGAGCUGACAGCUGGAAACACCAGAGUAGACAUCAAGUCUGACUGGAGUCAAACUGUGUUUGUUUUAAUUUGUUUGGAGUGACAGAGUAGGUCAGACAUUAAAACACCAACGUCAGGUGCUUUAAAAUCAACUUAGUGUAAUUGUUUACUUUGAACACUUUGACAGCAGCUUCCAGUCUUUCUUUUGUUUGUUGUUGAUCCACUGAUGUAAUACUUAGUGUAGAAAUUUAGACUUUUACUACGACUUUAGUAUAUAGUAUGAAAACAUGGUAAUUUAGAGACUGACGUUGAACAAAACAGUCUAAAAAGGCUCAUCAUGAUUUAAAUAUAUUUAUAAUGAUCUGAAUCUGAGAUGGAUAAAUGGCACAUUAAAAUAAUUAGUCUGAGCCCAUGUCUGCACCAACAAGACAAGUUCAAAAAUAGUCUGAUCAUUUCUGCAGGCACUGCCAGCAGCCAUUUUUUCCCCCGUAGGACAAAGGAAACAAUGAAAGACAGAGACUCAGCUUUCACUUAGGUAGAUGUCAGCCAACUGCUCAAGAAUUUAUGUCCAUGAGGAGUGCCAUAGAAAUUUCUGCUGCUACAUUCAGCAAUGAAAACUUGUUUCUGGCCAGGGCGGAGUUUGCACAUCACAUUCUUGCCUUUUAACGCAACAAUGUGAACUAGAUUUUAAUGUGCAUGAAAUAAUAAUGUAUUUUUCAAAUGGAGAAACAAACAAAAACAUCAACAGCAUUAUCAAGGCAAAGAAAUAACCCUUCGUUGCAGUGCUGUUGAGGUGGAUAUGAAAAAUGCCAUAUCCAUCUGUGUUGAAAGCUGCUGCUGACUGUAUGCUUGUGAGUCUUGAGUCUGCUUUUUAGGAUGUUCUUGGAAGGUUUCUACAUGAUUUUCUACUCAUGACUUUGUCUUUUCCCCCCAGAGGCCUAGAAGCUUAUGCAAAGAGUGGGCAGUUCCGGGCCUUUUUCAGACUCCCCAAAGAGGAAAAUUUGUUAGAGGUGCAUGAAAGCUUCCUAUGGGUUCCCUUCAGCCAUUUCAACACGCUUGGCAAGAUCUGUCUGUCUGAGAACUAUCUGUGUUUCGCCAGCCAAGAUGGCAGUCAGUGCCAUAUCAUCAUUCCAAUGCGAGAGGUAAAGAGGAGCAAAUGUGGUAUAAAAAUCACUUUGUUUAAAAGCGUCUGAAAGAGCAUCAGUAGCUUCAAAAAGUGACUGUCUGGUCUGCCAAUGUAAUUUAAUUUCAGGUGGUCAAUGUCGAGAAGCCAGACACCAGCAGCAGGGCGUUAACAGUGUAUGUACGUGGAAAAAGGGCGCUGCGUUUCUCUGAGGUGCGAGACUACCAGAGGCUUGCCAACACUAUCCGCAGCAGAUGUGGCAUCAGUCCAAGUCCUCAGCACUCGGCUUCAUCAGAAGUAAUGUGUUGUACCUGUUGUUUCUCCAUGCUGUUGUUAUCUCUAUGAUUGCAGUGUAAUAACUCAUGUGUGUGUAUCACUUCAGGGCAUAAGGGGGGAGUGCCAGUCACUCAUCAACCACUUUGAGGACAACCCAGAGGACGUAACACUGAUGGUGGGACAGAAAGACAGCAGCAAGGCUGUGAGCACUGAAGCGCUCAUGACUGUAUUCCACCCACAGGAUGUUGAAAACCUUGACCCUAAAAUGGUAAAUAUAAAACUGUUAUUCAAAUGAAAAAUACUGACUGUUUUUAGAAGCAUUCACAAAAUCUGACUGAACAACCUUGCUGUGAGGAUAAUGUACAAGAACUUUUCUGUAGGAUGGAGGUGCAGGUGGGUGUCGAAGCAGUUCAAGGGUGGACAUGAAUCAAAAUAAAGCAUCAUGGGUCUGUUUAUAACACAUGCAAUAAAACCAUGCUGUCUGCUUUGUGUUUGUGCGACAGCUGAAAGAGAAAAUGAAGGAGCAGUCUUGGAACAUACAUUUCUCUGAAUAUGGACGUGGCACGAGUAUGUUCUUCACCAGGAAGACUCGAGACUUGAUUGUCCGUGGUGUCCCUGAGGCCUUGAGAGGAGAGCUGUGGAUGCUAUUUUCAGGUAUGUAAACUUACACUGUCACAUUGCAUCAAGAGAUUUGAAGUAUCUGUGAUUUGUCAACACAGCCCUGCAUGAUUGACAGUAUUAAGCGCUCAAGCUCUUGCUCGACAUGAAUAAUUAAGCACGACACGGUUGGUAUGGGAUCUGAGCAGCAUGUGUUUUUGGAUGCCUGUGGUUCUGCCUGUGUAGGAGCUGUGAACGACAUGGCCACUCACCCCGGUUAUUACAGCGAGCUGGUUGAACAGUCCCUGGGCACGAGCACUUUGGCUACAGAUGAAAUAGAGAGGGACUUACAUCGUUCACUGCCAGAGCACCCUGCCUUCCAGAGUGACACAGGAAUCUCAGCUCUGCGCAGAGUCCUCACUGCCUAUGCAUACAGGAACCCUAAGAUCGGAUACUGCCAGGUACUGAUCUCCUAUUAAAACACAAUUUUUUCAAAUGUGGAAAAAAAGUAUAAAGAAACGUAUUAAUGAGAAAUGGUUAGUUUGUUUCCUAUGUCCUCUUUCCUCUAUAUUGAUUUCUAAUGUUUAUUCUAAUACCUGAGAUCAUCUGUUUUUGCUGGUAUAACAGUCGUGGCUUAAGUCAGAGGUUUCCAAACUCUACUGCGAUGCCCCCUUUUCAAGCAAUGCUGUGAACAUGUAUUUCCUCUCUUUCAGUAAUUUCAGUCACACAAAAAGAAAUCUCUGUCAUCUCUAUCGACCAGUUUUUCUGUCAUUUACUAUUAGAUAACAGCAUAAUUUAUCAGGGCUUGACACUAACUGUAUUCACAAGGAGCACAUGUGCUCUUAAGUUGAAAAGUAAGGCGAACACAAAGAACUUUAGGGGCACAAUAAAAAUUGAUCAAAUAAUAUGUGUCUUAUUGGUCAACAAAAAUACUAUUAUUUGAAAUCAGUUUUAGGUCUUUUGGUCACAUGACAUGGAAGCUAUUGAAGUAAAUGUUCAAAAUUUACCUUUUAAAUUUAACACAAAAAUUUACGAUGACAACUUAGGGAAAUAAAGAGGUGUGUCUUAUCGUCCGACCUUAGUACUAUUAAUUGAAAUCAAUUUUAGGUCUAGUGGUCACAUGACAUGGAAGCUAUUGAAGAAAAACAGCCUUUUCUGAGAACAUCAACUGUUAAUUUAUUGAUGGUCCCUUAUUCAACACCCGAUGUUGACAGUGAGGAUGUUGAUUAGAUUUAACCGCGUGGCUGUUGCCAUUACUGGUCAUGGAGAGUGAGAAGACAAAGGUAGAUCAGCGGUGCAUGUCUGUCGAAUAUCCAACCUAAAACUAACUUCGCUGUGAUAUUUACAUAAAAACAUUUGUUGCCUCAGUAAAUUUUUUAUUCACACAUUUCUCCCUGAAUACAUUUUACAAUUCACACACAUCUUUUUUUAGUCACAAAUGGGAGUGAAGCGGUCGCACCGUUGAGCACUGAGCAUAAUGUACAACACUGUAUGUUUUUUUUUUAUCAAACAGAGAAAACUUAAUAAUACUUGAAUCACUUUGCAACAAAAAUAACUAGUUUUGGUUGGAAAACAACUUUGUGACAUUUGGCACUAGAUUGCUGUAGAUACUAUACUUUCUCACAAAACACAUAAAAAAAGAUGUGAUCAUGAUUUUACAAAUUCCCCAAUUUUAACACUGAAUGAACCACUUUUACAGACAUUUGUUCCUUGAUUGCUACACAACUAUUUGUUUUCAUAACAGGAGGUCUAUGUAAAAUUUGUAGCUACGAUGCUGCAAAGACUUUUGACUUGAUGCAAUUUCAACACAGCUUGUGAAAUCUUCUUGCUUCAAAGAGCAACUUCAAUUUGGCCAGCCCCUCUAUGUCAGAGUGUUAGAUUGCAAAAUCAGUCUCUUUUUUUUUGUUUGUUUGUUUGUUUGUUUUCACUAAACCUAAAUGUAAUUUUAAAUUAUUUUGUUACAAGCAGUGAUUUGUUCUGUCUGGUCUGGGUUUAAAUGACUACCACCACCAGUGUGCAUGUCUGUUUUGUUGAUGAUUUUACUACCCUAAAAAUAAAUUAAAAAACAGAUACCAAGGUGAUAGUUCCACACAAUAUGUUUUAUGGCCACUUAUACCACCUCCUCUCAGGUUUCCGCUCCCGCUCAUCCAAGGGCAGGUGGAGCUCCGUCUUCGGGAACCACUGACUUAAGUGAGACUUGAGAAAGAGGUUCCUUGAGACUUUUAAACUCCAGUCCUCUUCACUGACAGUUUUUUCUUUACCUAAAAAGCAGAGUUGACAUUUUAAAGGCCUUGCCCUUUAAAAACGAGGUUUGUAGGUCAUUAAAGGCCACAGGUGAUCUAAAACCAGUGAAAAUGUUUUUUGAAGGUAGCUGGGCUCUUAAAAAUCUUCCAUGUUCACACACACACUCAACAGCCACCUUUCUGCAGUUGACCUUUCGCUUACAGCUGAAGUGGUGUGUUUUAUAAAUGUGUCCUUUUUAACCAUUCAGGCCAUGAACAUCCUCACCUCAGUGCUCCUGCUCUACGCUAAAGAAGAGGAGGCUUUCUGGCUCCUUGUGGCCGUCUGCGAGAGGAUGCUGCCAGAUUACUUCAACAGGAGGAUUAUUGGUGAGAGGGGAACCUGUUUUCAAUGCUCAUCCUGGAAUCCCACGCUUGAACACGUUUACGGAUACAGUUGCACUCAAAACUGUUGCUUAUCUUUCUCCAGGUGCUCUGGUGGACCAGGCAGUAUUUGAGGACCUGAUUCGAGAAAACCUCCCACAGCUGGUUGAGCACAUGACAGAUUUGAGUUUCUUCUCGUCUGUGUCCUUGUCCUGGUUCCUCACUCUCUUCAUAAGCGUUCUGCCCAUAGAGAGCGCCGUCAAUGUGGUUGACUGUUUCUUCUACGACGGCAUUAAAGCCAUUCUGCAGCUCGGUUUGGCUGUGCUGGACUACAACAUGGAGGCUCUGAUCAGCUGCCAUGAUGAUGCAGAGGCUGUCACCAUACUCAACAAGUCUGUGUGAACACUAAAAUGAUGAUUUUUUUUCUUUUAAACAGUUUGUUGCUGUCUCUUUUUUCAUGAUCCCUCUUUGUUUCAGAUUCUUUGACAGUGUGACAAACAAAGACAGUCCGCUGCCCCCCACAGUGCAACAAGCUCCAGUGGGAAGUAACGAUAAAGCAUCCAAUUUCAAAGUGGAUAUCAGUGAACUUAUCAGAGAGGCCUAUGAGGUACCACCAUAUUCCUUUAUGUUAGUUUCAUGCAGAUGUAUUGAAAGUAAACUCAAUUAUAGUAUGUUGGUGUGUAGAAUUUAUUAUUGUGAUGAUAUUUUUCAAGAUUAUGUUCUGAGAUUUUUAUGCCAUUGUUUGUUGGGAUGUAAAGGCUCAACUGAGGACGCAAGUAAAAAAUAACAAAAGCUAUAAACCAACUGCUCAACACAGAAGUUUCACGCUCUGUAUUGAAACCAUAGACUGUAUAUAGAAUGGACGCUGUCUGCCUCCUCGCUGAGUGAAGCCACUCUGAGAACAGCACCCUCUGGUGACGGGCUGCAGUAUAGGUCAUAAAUCCUGCCUCCUCCAGUAAUCCCUAUGGAGCUGUGGACAAACUUUAGAAAUUUAUUAAUCAGAACAUAAAUUUUUCUCUGCUUGCGAUGUUGACAUGUAGUUACUUUAAGACUGGUUUGUGCUCAAGUCCUCUUUUUUUUCUGUGCAGCUCCAUCUUUAAAAGUUAUUAGAGGGUUCAUGUUUUCUAUAAUUGACACUUGAUACAGCCUAUGGGCGUACGAAGAUUAUGUGGCUCACCCGGGGGAUACGCUGUUUGAACUGAGAGUAUUUACAGCGACUCUUGGCGACUCUCCCGCCGAAUGCGUACAACGCUACUGCCCAAUGUUGGUUUCAGGAAGUGGAGAAAAAACGUGAAAAUACAGAGAGCUUUUUGGCUUCAAAUCCAUAUACUGGCGGAAGGCGGAACCAAGUUGUCCAUAGUAUUUACAGUCUAUGAUUGAAACUAUGUUGAAUCGCAUCAUUUAAACUCAACAAAUUCAGUUUAAUUGAAUCGUUUUGCUUUGUUUCAGAAAUAUGGACAUCUACGGACUGAGGAAGUGGAGAGUUCACGCAAAAGAAACAAACUCUACGUGAUCCAGACUCUGGAGGAUACAACCAAACAAAAUGUUGUGAGUGACCAUUGAGUUUAAAGUGGUUGUUUUGUUGGUGCAUUGUUGCCGUGGUAGAGAGGAUGAAUUUAAAUUUGGUUUCAGGUUCGAGUGGUGUCCCAAGAAGUAAGACUCAGCACUUCACAGCUUGAUGAGCUCUAUAACUUGUUCAAAGUGAGUCAAAGUUGUGAUUCAGAAAAUUGACAUUUCGAUCAUACCAAAUGCUGAUGGUUCUGAUAAAAAUGAAAAUAUGUCAUGUCAUCUGAUCCCCGUUUUCAGAGGCAGCAUUUCCUCAGCUGCUACUGGACGAUGAAGAGCCCAGCACUGCUCCAUCAUGACCCCAGCCUGGCCUACUUGGAACAGUACCAGCUGGGUUUCCAACAGUUCAGCACGCUCUUCUCCCUGCUGGAGCCCUGGGCUUUCUGCACCACCAAGAGCACCCUGUCCCUCUGGAUCUUCCGCCUAAUAGACGAGAACCAGGACGGCCUUAUAAACUUCAAAGAAUUCUGCUACGCCCUGGGUGAGUUCACACAUUCUCUGGUUUCCACUGAUGCAGCCUCGUAGUUUGAUAUUCCUGCUGCUUUAACUUCAAACUGCUUCUUCUGCAGAUACUUUGUACAACGGCUCUUUCACAAACAAGCUGAAAUUCCUUUUCAAGCUACACCUGCCACCAGGUGAGUCAAAAACAACUUAAAAUCAUACAUGAGCUGAUCUUAGAGACACACUGUCUUUGCAUUGUCUUUCAUUUUCACCUCUCUGAUCUUUGACCCUUUGUUUUUGUCAUAGUCACGUCUGUCUGUCUCCUGUAAGCUAAGAAAAAUAACUGUGUCAAUGUAUUCUUGCUUAGUGUCAACCUGUGACCCAUUUCUCUCAUAACAUGUCUGGAGUGAUGAUAUACUCCUGCGGGUUCAAAGUUCAAGUGCUGCGAAUGUUUUCAGGCCGCGUUCCUGACGGUCUCCAAAUUCUACCUGUUACCUUCAUACACAGACAAACAGAGGCAGACUGAGGUCAACAUGAAAUCAGAGACACAUAAAGUACAUCAGAGCCUAUGAUGGUUUGAGAUGUCAUAUCUGUACUCCAGUCCCUAACGCAGCGUUUGUCAGCUGAGCACUUUGCCUCAGGGACUAAGCUGCCCUUGAAUAUGCGGCUCUUGUCUGCAUGACGUGUCCUGUCGUGUUGAUGCGUGCUGAAGGGCUGGGGUAAAAAAUAGUCCAUAUUCUCCACAAAGAAUGGGGGAAAGAACUCUGUCAUGGUAGCCAGGGGUGUGGGGAUCUGAGCCAGCUUCUCCACACAGAGGAUGAAUGUCGAGUAAAAGCUGCUAAGGAGAACUGACUCACUGUUUUUUUAACGUGCUAAGUCAGUAAACAUCGAGCAGCAAAGCCUGUUUUAUGCAUCAUAGUGUUUGUUUUGCUUCAGCACCAAGGACAGGUCCCAUCGUAGUGGCACAAAGCAAACAAGAUAGUAGAGAUCCAGUUUCAGGCUGGGGUCCAAGAUUCUUUUUUUAUCUGUCGGAAGAUUUCCAGCUGAGUGAAACCGCCCAAAAUGAUCGAAGAUGCUGCUAUGAUAAGAGCUCUCUGAAGGCUGAAGAAAGAGCCUCACAUCCUGCCUCAUCUCCCUAAAACAAAAGUAGAAAAGAAAGUCCUGCAGCAUUUAUCACAGUGGAUAAAACAAAUAAAUGUUAAACAAUAAUUAAUUAGAAAAACAAAAAGAAAAGUGAGAAUCCAGUCUAAAUAUGAACAUAAGAUUUCUUUUCAGAUUUCAGUCCCAGUCUUGAAGUGAAAUAAAGAUAUAUUUAUGUUUAAUCAUCAUUUAAAAAACAGCAUAUAGACCAAUUAUAAAUGGCAAAUAGAUAGUUUAUUAAUGUAAGUCAAUAUAAUUUUCAUUUAUUAUUAUUGGACUAUUUAUUAAAGGUUUAUAUAGGGUUUAAAUAGGUUGUAAAACAUCUAGAUUAAAAUGUGUGUCAGUAGCACUUUGUAAAUAGUUAAUAUUUGUUUUAUAAACCAUCUGUAAACAUUAUUUAGAUUGUUAUUGUAAAGUUGCAACUGAUGUUUGUAAUACUUUGUAAAUGAUUAAUGAGUGGUUUAUAAACCACCUAUAAACUUUACUUAGAUGUUAUACUAAAAUUAGGGUUAGGGUUAGGUUUUUAAAAUUGUAAAAUUUACAAUUUAUUAAUGGUCGAUAUGCUACUUACUGAUAAUGAUGAUUAAACAUUAAUAAACUAUCUGAUAACCAUUUAUAAAUGGUCUAUUUACCAUUUAAAAGUAAUGGUGAUUGUAAAGUGUUACCUAAACCCGUUUCCCACUUGGACAGCUUAUUCUGUGUCAUCUUUCUUAAAGAGCAUUUUUGGUUUUAGGUCUUAUUGUACCAUUGAAUUACCUUAGUAACACUUUUUGUUGCCUUUACUCGGUCCUUGUGAGCUUUCUUUCACACACUGUCUUGCCUUCAGGCUAUUUUCUGUCAGAGUCAAAUAAAAAAGAGUGUUUAGAAGAAAUAAUACGAUUUAUUGUUCAGCUGCAGCUCCAAAGCUUUUUUACAAGGUUUCUCGUGAACUGGGGUUCAAGGUUGUACUCGCUAACAAGAACAUGUAGUGCAGUUUCACACUGUAAAUAACUCCUUGAAGUCUUUGUUGUAUUUUGCUCCUUAGAUUAAAAGUUGUCCUGAACCACAUUCACAUAUUUGAUGUCAGCAUGGCUUGUGAUCAUAUGACAAAAAACUAAAACGUCGUAGUGUUGUCUUUCUAUCCUUUUCUUUUUUAAAUGAGACACUAUCAUUACUGUCAGUACACAUAUUAUAGUGGGUUUUUUUACCCUCAAGCAGUGCUGCAAACUUUGGGAAAGUGUGCAGAGUAAGAGUAAAAAUAAACCACUCAAACCUCAAAUUUGGCAAUUUCACAGUGGGACAGCCCUGAGCUCUCAUAAAUAUAAUGAGAGCCCACAUCAAAGUCUGACCAUGGAAAUGGGCCAAACGCUUCAUUGAUCAAGGCAGUAAAAUCGUUGGGGCAUUUAGAGCUGAGAGUCUGCAGGUUUUUUAGGCCGAACGCAGAACAGCAGCUGUAGUUGGUUAUCAGCAGAGAGGAGAUGCUACACAGGGAUAUCAUCUGUGUGUGGGACACUAAAUGUGUAAUGUGGCUUCAAAUUUAAUCUUCAGCUUCAUUUCCAGCUGCAGUGAUCGAGAAUAAUUACAGUUUCAAACAUUAAAAAUGUCCCCAUUAUAGACAGAUAUGAGAAUAGAAAAUUAAAAGUGUUCUCUUACCGUAUGAAAUUUUACAUAAAAGCACGUCGCAAAUGGACAUAAACAGUCAGUAUAGAAGUGUUAAAGUUUAAAGUCAGAGUUUUUCUGUGAUGAAUAUCUUGUGUACAAAUGUGAUCAUUUGAUGUGUUUUUGACAUUGAGGAGAGGUUAAAAUUGGAAUACACAUUUCCCUUACAUAGAAUCAAAUAGUGCACUAAAUCUGAUGAUUAGAUUUGAAAUAAUACUUGAGACUUGAUGAAAUAUGAAGCCCGGCAGGUCAUCACAAUGAUUUUGUUACUCUUUUUUUCUGAACCUGAAUAUCAGCAACAAUUUUUAUGGCACAGACUCAGUGAACAAAUACACAACAUGAAGUCAGGCCUCAGGUUAUGCUGCUACAGUAACACAAAACUAUCAGGCAAAUGUAAUAGCACUGCUGGCUCAUGAGGGUAAUUGUUCAACCCUGCAGAGUAAACUCAUACGCAUCCAUGCACCCACAUGCACUUACACUCACACAAUUAUCAGUGGGGGCUGGAACAAAUCACUUUAGUGCAUUUUACAUAACAGGCAGUCAGGGGUCAUUUUAAUUGGACUGUGAAUACCAUAUAUCAUACUUUUUUAUAUAUCGCAAUAACUUAUCAGUUUAUGACUAAAUUCUUAAAAAGCAUAAAUUACAGUUUACAAAACACAUGCCGGUAAAUUGUAGUUCAAAACAACAACACUACUAAGUACACAUCUGAAUCUUUGGCAACAGUUCCAGAGGUCUCCAAAGAUCAAACUUUUCCAGGGUAGUUUGAUGAGAUUGUAUUGGACAAUAUGUGAUGUGUUUCAUGAAAUGAUAACUAUGAGGACAUCUGCUUUCUUUCUAAAACCGUUCUCUCCACUGCUCAUGUGACUCCUCUGUCUCUUCAUCUUUCCUCUCAGUGCACUCAUAGUCAGUCUUCUCUAGCUUUCACAGGGAGUCCUUUGCACCCAAAGGAGCAAAGAAUCGAGCACUUUACUCGACUGACUGAAGACUCUUCUCACUUGAGUAGACUCACUGGUCAGCUUCUUUACUCUUUCUUCUCCUUUAAAACCUUAAAUUGCACUUUGGAUCCCCUUUCCCCUUCUGAAUGUUUGCUUUAUUUCUUCUGGUAAAAAAUUCCUUCAAUCACGACGGAGUAGUAGGGCCACAUUAAGAAAAAAAAAAGAAUACUACAAGAUUAAAGUUGUUAACUUACGAGAAUAAAGUCAUUACUUACAAGAAUAAAGUUUUGAUAUAAUCAAUUCUUAGGAGAAUAAAGUCGUUAUCAAGUAAUUACUCACGAGAAUAGUCAUAAUAAAAUCAUUACUCACGAAAAUAAAGUCGUAAUAAUGUAAGUACUUACAAGAAUAAAGUCGUAAUAAAAUCAUUGAUACCCAUGAUGAUGUGGUGCUGAUGUGCCAAAAGAUUAAGUAUCUCCUUGUUUGAGAAACCUAUAUUGAAGUACAUUAUUUCAACAACUGUUAUCCGAAACAACAGGUUAGAGUAAAAGGACUUUAUUACGACUUUAUUCUCGUUAGUACUGACUUUUUUUGUAAAUAAAUGACUUUAAUCUCAAAGUCUCAAUUUUCUUUUCCUUAAUGUGGCCCUAAUACUGCGUUGUACUUAAUAGUUUGUUCACAUGCUUUUUUUUUAAUGUUUCAGCGUUUGAUCUUCCUGAAGAUGGUGUGAUACGGAAAAGCCCAGAAAGAGGUAUAUUUUUUGUUGUUGUGAAAGCACUGGACUGGUUUUGAUAAACACUGCCAGUACUUCAUUGUAAUGCCAUAAUUGCUGUUAAAAAGGACAAAUUCACUGAGUAUAAUGGUGAAAAAACUGAUGUCGCAAGACACCGUAUCACUUUGAUGAAAAAUCUUGUCGUGCUUAGUUAUCCUUCGACAUCUUUCACACCUCAGUUUAUACUUGUGUGAUAGUGAAGACGUUGUGUUUCAAAUCAACAGGUAGGGGAAAAGUGGAUCUGCAGGCCUACCUGAAACAAUGGCAAAAUGAAAUCCUGAAGAAGGAGGAAACAAUCAGGGACCUACCCAGAAUUAAUCAGGUAAUACAGUCCACCUUGUGUUUGUUGACUCUUUCUUCCCCCUCAAUUAACAAAAAAAAGAAGCCAGUGAGAUUUGUCAACCUGUUGAUGUUUUCCUGUUACAGACUCAGUUUAUCCAGUUCUCCAAGACCCUGUACAAUAUAUUUCAUGGUGACCCAGAAGAGGAGUUGCUAUACCGAGCCGUUGCCCAUGUGACCAGCCUCCUCCUGAGGAUGGAGGAGGUGGGACGGAGGCUUCAGGAGCCGAGCAGCUCGCCUGAUUCCACAAAGCCUGCCAGUGCUUCUGCAUCGUCUGCUGAGGAGGAGGAGGAGUCCCCGACUGAAGAAGCCUCUACCACCCCAGAGGGCUCUGACACCUCCCGUAACAGUCAGGACACCGGAGCGGACCUCACAGAGAUGGAGUGGUCGUUUUCGUUCGAACAGGUUCUGGCUUCUCUGCUCAAUGAGCCGGCCAUCGUCAGCUUCUUUGAAAGGCCGGUGGACUUUCAGGCUAAAGUGGCUCAAGCUAAGGUUUCCCAGCUGAAGCUAAAGGCAAAUAAGUGAAAGGAUACAUCAGUAGAUCAACACUUUACUUCUGAUACAAACUCAAAAGUGAUCAUGAAUUUCCUUUCGCUGCUUAGAUAAGGCAGGGGGUUCUUGACGAUGCAGACAGUAAGGGUACUGUCGAAGUGAAGGAGACAUCAGAUUUGAAAUCUGCUGUGAGUCGUGCUUGAACACGUGUUAGGGGCUUUAAUAAAGUUCAGGCAGAUGAUGAUCAGCAUCGAUGGCUAAUGAUGCAGAUUAGGCAGGAUGUCUAUUCGAACAGCCCUCUGACCAAAACCUUUAGUGUAGGUAAACUUUAAACCACAUUGCAGACUAUUAUAGUUUUUCCAUAAAUCUCAUUAUGCAGUUUUAACUCUUUGAAUCUCUCAUAAGCUCAGCUCCUUAGGACUUAAGUUUAAUUUCACAGAUCGUUUCGCCUUCAUAUCAUGGACAUAUAGCAUAGUUUAUAAUAUUCAGUACUUCCCACUGUAUUUAGAAACAGAGGAGUUUGUUCUCCCUGCUAUGUCUAAUGUCAUACUGCAGUACAGAUUCAUGAAUAACCUUCAAAGAGUGACAGUCCUCAGAUUGAUUUCUUGAUUUAUAUUCUCUGUCAAGUAACUAAUCCGAUCUGUAAAUGCUGCUGUGUCCUGUGACUUCAGUGUCUCCUAUUCUUGAGUAACAUUUGUGUCGCUGUAUAAAGUUAUUGUGAAAAACACCAGCUGUUCAGGUGAUCCUGGCACAUAACAAAUGGCAGUACGGCAGUGUCAUCACCGGAAGCCAUGAACUGAUCUGAAAGAUUAAAUCUGGAUGAAGUUGUUUGAUACGUUUUAUCAUAAGCUACAAAAGUAAAUUACAGCAUUAGUAGAUCUGCAAUAACACAAGAUAGGAAGAUAGCUGUGCUGCCACAGCACAUCCAUCUUUAUCUGACAAGUAACAAAAUUAUAGCAUGACUUUAUGAAUUUGAACUCCAUAGUGCUGCUGUAGGGAAAUCCCUGGUGUCCGCCUCUGACAAUGUUAUGUGUGUGACAUUCACAGUGUGCUUACAUCAGUCUUAACGUCCUCAUGUAGGAUGUUUUGUCCUAGUAUAAGUGAAGAAACUUGUACAUAUCGUCAAGUCCAAUAGUCGUUUGAUUAUUGUGUUUAUAAGGCCUGUAUUGAAAAUGUAAAAUAUUACCUAAUGGACUGUUAUGAACACAGCUUAAACAUUCAGAAGGACAUUUUGUUUAUUCAAAACUCAGGGUGCAAUUUGUGUAAAUAAAAGGGAGAAAAGGGAUAUUUUUUGACAUUGGACUAAAAGAGUAUAUGACUGAGUGAUAUAUUCAGCUUAAAAUGUCUAUGAGCAUGUGCUGCAUUGUUUCAGGAUUUGCCACACUAUGCUAGCCUUCAUAGGAUUGUAACUUUAACUGCUUGGAAAGCCAGAUUGACUUGCAGCAUUUCAGUUGUUUUAUUGUUGCUUUUCUUUCUGUCUUGCUUUUACUUGCAGUGAAUUGUUUGCACAAUUGUUUGCUAUUUUCAGGUCUUAUGUACGUCUGUAUCACAGCCAGGUCUGUAGGGCUUCGGGAAUGCUAAAGGUCAUAAUUGCUUCAGCUGUAGCUUGUUCUCUUCGGGGGCCAAAUUCACAGAUUGAUAGAGCUUUAGCUCAGCCUGUGUCAUGGACAAGUUUGAGAAGCUCUUCAAAUGCAAGUGCAAUUGUCUGUUUUCUGUCUCAUAUUAUUUUGCUAUCUGCUUUGAAUGUUUUGCUGUUUUUUGUGUGUGCAAAAUUCUUUCAUACAGCCAUCUGAGAUGUAUGUCAUUGUAUAAUUAUUGGGGUAAUUUAUACAUAGCUUCAAUGAGCUGUACGGGGCACAUUACUCAUUGAAAAAUAAGCAUUUCACCAACAUGAAUUAUUCAUUUGAAUCAUUCGCCCUUUCUAAAUUAACGCUUGAUCAGUGACUUUGAUUCUGUUCAUGCUGAAGGCAGAACAGCUGAUCAUGUAACAACCUUUCUAAACAGCAGUGUGCUCAGUUUGAGCACUUCAUUUCAUAACGCCUGUAUUUCAUCAAAUGUAUGCAAGCCCUUUGUUUUUAUGUCACUUUAUUUGCAUGCAUCUGUUUAUAUCUCAAUGAUCUGAUAUUUUUAAAAGUUCACUUUCAGCGAUCAAGUUGUUGAUCUUCAUGGAAGAAAUGUAGAAACUGUGGUUAAACCCGACAAACCCUCAGUAAUUGUAAAUGUUAAUGGCACUUUGUGAGAACAUGAGAGGAGAAAUCAUGAUUUGAAGUGUUUAUUCUAUCUUUUCUGUCAAGAAUAAGAGUGUAUACAAUAGGCAUGGGAAAUGUUCAAGUCGCCGCAUUGAUGUAUGUUAAACAAGGUCUUUUAUGUAAAAAUGUGGUCUAUAGCUGAACAGUCUGCAGCUUCAAAUGAAGGCUGAUAUUGCAAAAGAUGUGGAGCACGGAUAUUUUUGUUGACCAAACGUUUUUUUCUGUGCAACAAUAACCAAAUAAAGGGAUAAUUCUAUCAGUAAGAAGGUAUGGUUCAUUUAAAGUGCAGUCUCGUGUUUGAUCAAAUAGUCGAGUGCUUCAUUUUUCUGUCCCUACCUGCUUUUUCAUUCAUCAGGAUCAGACCCAGUGUGGAUUUAGACAGGUGUAACUGGUAUAAAGCACUUCUGAGAAUGAAAAAGCUGAAGAGAAAAGAAGAAGCAAGAGCCCACGUGGAAAAUAGUGUGUGUUCAUUCAGUUGCACAUGAUAGGGGAGACCGGGGCUUGUUGUCACAUGAGAAAGUUGUCACAUCUCUGUUGGCAAUUAUCUUUGCCAACAGAGGGUGCAACUAAAAAGUGGAAUACUAGUUUUCUUCCUUUACAUGGUCAUGGGUCGUUUCCUGUCUGAGAGGAGAAGAGCACAUUCUGAGCUGAGAUGAGCACCAAUAAACCAUUUAGCACAAGGCAAAGAAAUACUUUCUAUAUUAAAAAAAAAACUUCUUCCAGAUAAAAAUCCUAGCAGUGAUUCAUGUGGACUUGUUAGAGGAGAGAUUAAGUCAUCCUGUCAUACCUCAGUCAUUGUUCUGUUUUAAGCUAACUUUAAGCUAGAGCUAGAAUUAGCAAACAUGGUAGUUUGGGGCGACAUGUCUCAGUCGUUUUGGGGUUAGUUGUCACAUGUUUAAAAGGGAUUAAAAUUAAAACAGAGAGUCUGUUUAUCAGCAGUUCUCAUAUUAAAAUUUUGACUUUACUUUUGCACACAAAAAAGAGUGGUUUAAAGGAGAGGAGAAAACAAGAAGACAUGGUCAGGAAUUACUAAAGAAAAGCAGAACAUGUCAGUGCAGUACAUGAUGUGAUGCUGAGGGCAGUCAGGCAGGUGAUCCUAGCUCAUGAAUCAAUCUGGAGUGCAAUAAAGGACUUUAAUAUCAACUACCAUACCUUGGCUCUGUACUGUAAAACAUUCACCCCAGCCGAAACACAGAGUCAGACAGAUCUCCAAACUCCAGAGCAUAUUGUAUAAUAUUUAAUGUUAACAUUUGUUCAAUGACUUUUCUAACUCAAUGAUAAACACUUUCUGUGCCUGACUUUGAUGUUCACUUUCAUGUAAAAAAAAAUGAGAACAAUAAUUUUGUCCUUGUUUUAUUAGCUGCAAAAUCCACUGUGACAUCUUACCCUAUGUAGUGAGACAACUUACCCGAUGGUGGGGCAACAUGUCACAUGUUCACAUCAUUUAUGUGAUUGCUUAAAACUCUGCACUGACACAAGAUAUGAAAAUGACAUGAAUACAAAAUAUAUACCUGAGACUUUGGUCUUUCAUCUGUUAAAAAUUUUGUUUAUAUAUGAUAUAUUGAUUCAAAGAAAUAUAUGAGUGUAAAAGGAGUGACAACAAGCCCCGGUCUCCCCAACUUGUAUUUCAUAUAACUUCGAAUGUAACUUUAAAAUCUGUUGUACAUCCUGGUUAAACAGGGUAGAAAAAAAAGCAGCCAUGACUCAGUCAUUCCUGGUUUUAUAAGUCAGGUUUCUCGGACUUGCUGUCAGACUUCAACUACUGGUCUAAAUAAAUUCCCAACAGCUGACACCCCCCACCCCACCCCAUGCCACCAACAAAACAAUAAAUAUCUACAGUCGCCGGCAUGUUCUGUCCGAUCUGUGUCAAAGCUGUAAAAGGAUUCCACUUCACCUCCUACAGCACAUAAUGUAAAAACUGUAAUGUGGACGACUGAUGCUGAAUUUUCCUGGAGGCCCCGGUUCGAUGUCAAGGAGAGAGAGAGGCACAAAUCUUGAUUAUCCAAAAUGUCACUUUGCUCCAUGAUGUGAGUCACAUUUGAACUGAUAAGCAGACUGCAUGAUGGACAGUUACAGUCACACUAGCGACACAGCGUCAACAAACAUAACCUGUACAUGGGAGUGCUAUGGGACCUUGCACGUAGGCUCACAAUAAAUCACCAUUAACGGUAAAAUAUCUCCUUGUUGACUGGUCCUAAAGUGUGCACUCUGUCUGACUGAUUAAUGAGCAGCAGCGUGACUCCGUGACGGAUGGUCCCUGUGUAUCACUCAUACUAUUCUGGGUCAGAGAUUCGGUUGCAUACGGUAGUAACCCAGAGUUCAUAACCUUCACCCUGUCACCUGUUCAUUUGUCAGCCCCGACCCAUCAGGAGAAAUCGACACGCUCUGAAAGUUUGAGAGCUCUUUUCUAGUUUCAUGAUUAUUAUUGUAAUAAAACAUUAACCACAGCCAAUAAACACUUACAAUAUGUCACAAAAUGUUCAAGCAAAUGACAGCUAGUGUUUUGCAUCAUGCCACUGGCCUUGGUUGACCCUACAUUAGUGGGGCGGGGGAAAAUCAGAAUACUUCAGGCACUUUCAAAUUAAAAAUUUCUCAGCUAGACAAAGCUGCAUCAUUGACAAGCAAAAAGAGAGAAUGAAUAAACAAUUGCAGUUGUUAAUACUGACACAGGACAGAAGACAGUGCGCUUUUGUGGACUUGUUAUCUUUUUAAUGCGCCCAAACCCCCUAAAAGCUAUUAAAAGAAAUCACCAUCCCAAAUAUUAGUGCUGCUUCAUUAUUUGUUGCACAGGAAGUCCCCUCUGUUUCUAUUAGGGCUGAAUGAUCAACUAACAGGUUUUUUUUUUUUUCACCCCCCUGCCCCCCUUUCCCCCCCACAAUGCUUCUCCAAGUGUGCACGAGUGCUAUUUAUAGCAGCGGUGAGGAAGUCUUUGAAGCACAGCUCUCACCAGCGUGUGAUGGUAUGUGUUUGGAAAUGAGUCCAUCCAUACUGCACUUCACUUUGCUUCGAGCAAAAAGUACCAUGACUGCAUCAGUGCACUUCACACUGCGCGGAUGUUUGCUUCACAUACAAAGCCUCUAUUCAUGACAUUAUCACGUCACUGAGUUUAGAUGUUGUUUGAGCAGCUUUAUUUAUUAUCAGUGAUCAGAAGUUCAUGUCUUUCACAGGUAUAGAAGAAGACAAACUGAACUAUUCAUCACAACAUUUGUUGAAGAUCUGCGCCCUCUCAUGCGACAUCCCUGAGGGUCUUAACACAUAAUUUUUCAAAACACGACAACAUUUCUAAAACACUAGCAUAUAAUGAUACAUUAUGUCCUGAUUAAUACUAAUACAGACUUUCAGGAUCAUAUCAGUACAUUCAUUUAGUGAUCUUCUCUUUUUAAAAUCCAAUAAGAGAGACAGAUGAAGCUGUGUUCGGUUCAGCUGAAAAGGUAAUGACGUCAGUUUUUAAGAGAAGGCAAUAUGAUGGUGAUCUUUGCAGUGAACUCAGUUCUCUUUGAUUAAAAUAACAAGUCUUUUUUGUUUUCAAAUACACUUUUUCCAUGAGCAAUACCUUUAAAAAUGGAGAUCAAGCUAAUGAAUCACAAGCAUUAAAACACAUAUUGUGACUUUUACUGGAACAUCAAAAGGCAAGAAUUGAAAAAAUGUUCAAGUCAACAGCAUCUGGAAAAUGUAUAAGUUAUGUUCAUGACAGUAAAAACCAGACGGUAGAAAAUUUGUCUUGCUCUUGUUUUGAUAUUUUGCAAUCAUUUUACAUUUUACAGUUUAAGUAAAUUGCUUGUAAACAGUACAGUUCUCAAGUUUAUCAGCUCUCUAUUCCCACAGAGAGAUACAAAAGUUCAUCAAUUUCAAGACCACUGACAGGUUCAAAUCCUCAUCAUUGUAUUUAAACACAAGUUGUGUUUCUGAGCACCCUUUCAGUUCCACUCAUGACAGAAUAAGACUGUUUCUGAAGUCUGUUAUUAAUGACAACUUCUUCCUCGUUCUUUUCCGUCUGUUCCUGAUUUAAAAAUCUCUCCCCAUGCUUUUAGAAAUCUUUAUGAAACCCACCUUAGCUAACUCAACAGUUUUGUCCCUAACAGUAGAGUACUUUCAUGCAAACAUCUUCCAUCUCAGAUCUUCAGGUCAUCCAGCCUGCUCUUGUUAUUGCUGUGCUUGCUUGACUGACUGUUUCUACGCUGAUUUUCUGCAGGCAUCUCAAAGGCAGCGCAUGAAGUUUUCCUCUCCUUCGCGUCGUCUCCCUCUCCUUUACCUUUCCUCUCCACCGCCAGGUUGUCUCUGUUCUGCUUGUAAACCACUUUGCUGUUGUAAGGGCUGUAGGCAGGGUUCGGCUCUGCCAUGCUGUACUUAGAGUCUGCGGGAAAGGGCUCAGGCACCGCAGGAUGACUGGUGAAGUAGUUAUAGCUGGGGACAAAGGGCAUGACUGGUUCUGUUAGGGCUUUGGAAGCUUCAGCUGCAGCCCGGGACCGCCUGUAACGAAGGCCUUGGUGGCACUUUGUGAAACCCAGAUGGUACAUUUCCACCAGGUUGAGUAGCAAAGAGAUGCAGGCUACAGCGAGCAUAAAGAGGAUAAAGACUGUUUUCUCAGUGGGUCGCGAGAUGUAGCAGUUUACCACGUUAGGACAAGGCCAGCGAUCGCAGGUGUACAUCGGCUUGAGCUCAAAACCAUACAGAAAGUAUUGAGCUACUAUAAACGCCACUUCAAACAGGGUCUUGAAAACAAUGUUGAAGACGUAGGUUCUCAGGAGUGCGCCUUGCAAACGUACAUGGCCCUGAUGGUCUUUGAUCGGCGCCUUCUUUGGCUUGUUUCCAAGUAGUUGUUGCUGCUUUUCACCCUGCAAGGCGAGGUUCUUCUCUUUUUCUUGCUCCUUCUCCUCCAUGCGGACCAGAUGAAGAAUGUGGCCCAAAUAAAUAAGAGUUGGUGUUGACACAAAGAUGAUCUGCAUCACCCAAAAGCGGAUGUGAGAAAUGGGGAAGGUCUUGUCAUAGCAAACGUUCUCACAACCGGGCUGCUUGGUGUCACACGUGAAGCCGGACUGCUCGUCACCCCAGACCUUCUCAGCAGCUGUUCCUAGCACCAGGAUGCGGAAGAUGAAGAGCACCGUCAGCCACACUUUGCCCACAACAGUAGAGUGCUCCUGGGCGCUCUCCAGAAGCUUCCCCAACGAGUUCCAGUCCCCCAUACUGGCUCAAAGAUGUACGCUCUUUUUAUCGACAAAUCCAGGAAAGAUGCCUGUAAGAAGGAAACGCUUAAAGUGUGAAUCUAAGAACUUCAACCAGGACAAGUUUUUGUUUGCUCAGAUAAAAGAAACACAAAGUUCAGUGCCAGACUGUAACUUUGUGAUGCAAAGAUAGACAAAGAGAUAACUAGUACAACUAACACUAUCCAAGAUAGACAAAGAGAACAUUAAUACUGGUUACUAAUUACCAUCUGGGGAGCCCUGGGUCUGAUAGCUUGUGACUUAUUUCGUUUUUCCGGAAAAACAAAGGUUUUCAUGGUGUUCAGGGCAAACAUGGAACAGGAGGAUUUUAUCUGUUUGUUUUAUUGAUUUUAAAUUAUUUUAUUUAUUUUACCAUGGUUGGGAAAGUUGUUUCUAUCCUUUUGUCAUACCAUUUUAAACACACUGACUCUUACAUUACACUUCAUAUUAAGAUGGCGAGGCAGUGGCUCUGAGGAAGAACUGGUUGUACAUGCAGACCGCCUGUCGGAUUAUUUGCUGCAGUCUAUAUGUUGAGUACAAUUUAUAGUGUUGUGCCUGGUGGGGCUGAAAUAAACACAUUCAUUGAAUCCAUUCAUCUUAAGGUGAGUGAUUAACAAAACAGCUAAAUGGCACUAAUAAAAAGGGACAUAGGUUAGCGCCUUCAGAGAAAUACUCAGCCAUAACUCAGACUUAAAUAUACAAUAUGUGAGUAAAUCUUCAGAGCUGCAGUUUUUUUCCCUCUGGGUCGGUCAAAGAGGAGGGAGACAGAAAAUCAAACAGAGUAACAAAUGAAUUUGUUCAUUUCUUACAACUAUUUUCUGUGUUUGAAAUCAAAUAAAUUUGCUGGAUGAAUGUUGGACCACAAGGUUUUGACUGAAGCCUCGACUUUUGUUGAAAAGCACAAAGAUAAAAGCUGUUUUGUUCAAUUAAACAAUGUGGCAAAAAGGCUAAAUGUAGAGUUAGGAGUUUUCAGAGUUUACCACAUGAUACACAUUUUUCAGGACAAACAACAUUUUUGUAAAGUCAUCUGUUUUAAGUUGCACUGCUUUGUGGCUCAUCUUUUAUCGGAUAAAACAUUCUCAAACUGUAUUUUAUUGGCUUUUAAAAUUAUUACUUGUCUUUGCUUGUUUAGAGUUUAAUGGAAUUUAAUUUAGUAUAAGAAAUAUCAUUGACUUAGGGCUCUUUAGAUUCAAGCAUAGGAGGCUCAGGGAGAGACUUUUGGCAGAGCUAAAUAAAAAAUAUGUAUAUAUUAGCGGUUUCAUUUUGUAAACCAUGAGCUUAUUUUGAUAAUAAGAAUAAUGAACUAUGACUUUAAAGACAUUUUGAUAUAUGAACUGAACUUUGAGCCAAUUAAUCUUUUUAAGUGUUCAUUUAUUUAGUGUGAUUUCGCAAGACACUGUGAAUUUGUCAAAUUUUUUAUGCCCCGACACCACCACCACUAAAUAAAAAGGUUACUAAGGGCAGUUCAUUUUUCUUUUCAACACGCUAAACCAGCAGUUGUACCUCUCUGUCUCAAGUAUUCACUCAACUUUUAGCUCUAAAUUUGGACUCCAUCCUCUUCUUUGUGCUCUAAGCCUACUUGCUUGGUGCGUAUGCUUUGUCAGUCUAUAGAUUGGGGCUAUGAAUCAAUAUUAAAGCAGGUUUUCAAAUAUUUUUGAUUUCAAUUUUAUGUUAUUUUUAAUAUCCAUGUGAUGAGCUGUAAAAUUGUUCACCACACAACCCAAAC